AUGUUUAAACAAACGUUGUUACUAAGUUUUAUACUUGCAUUGACUGCGUCAAAAACAAUACAAAUCAGUUUAACGGGAAGUAUCACCUCCUUAAAAUCAGCAUCUUCACAAGCAACACCAGGAGAUGUGAUUGAAUUUAUGAGUGGGACAUAUCCUUCACAAGUCGUCUACACCAAGAUGAAUGGUACAUAUGACCGCCCCAUUAUCAUUCGAUCUGCUCUCAAUGCCAAAGUAAUUUUCCAGACUAUUACAAAUGAAAAUGUUUUAUUUCAACUGACCAAUUCAUCGAACAUAUUAGUCGAAGGUCCUUUUAUAGUUCGCAACGGCGUUGGUCACACUGUGACGGUCAAAAAUUGCACGAAUGUGACAUUUUCGAAUUUCAAGAUCUACAAUUCGACGAAUUGGGCGAUGUAUGCUUCUGGCACCAAUGUGACAUUAAAAAACAAUUUUGCGGACGGCUGUGUCUUAGAAGAUGAAAAUUGCACACAGAGCAAUUGGAUGCAGUGUUUUGUAACUGGCGCCAUAGAUGCAAAAGUGCCUAUUUUGUCGAGUAACAUUUAUAUCGAAAACAAUGAAAUAAUGAAUUCGUGGGGCGAAGGGAUAGACAUCAUAAUGUGUACUUCUUGCAUAGUGAGGAACAAUUAUUUACACGAUAAUAAGUGGGUGAAUAUAUAUGUAGACAACGCGCAUAACACGAUUAUAGAGAACAACAUUAUAACAUACAAAAGUCUCUAUAAAUGUAGUCGAAGAGAAACAACACACGCAAUUGGUAUUGGAAAUGAAGAUUGGCCGCCUAAGUUUAUAUCCACAACUAACAUUACUAUAAGAAAUAAUCUGAUUUGGGGAAGCACAUUUGGGAUUGGGUAUUGGGGGUGGAGCGAUGUGGCGUAUUACAGCGACAUUGUGAUAACUAAUAACAAUUUCAUUCAUAUCAGUCUGGCGGCUAUUAACUUCAAUUCAGACUGCUUGGUGAAGGGGAAGACGAAAAAUAAUCAAUUCAAAAAUAAUUUCAUACACACGAAUUAUACAUGGUACGCAGUGUUCAUUAACGACACUCAGUAUAACACGUGGAACAUCUCUGAUAACGUCUAUCUAUCCAAUUUCGAAAAAUUGAAGCCGGACACGUGGAAUGGAAGCGACGGAAAUGCACACUCAAAACAGUUCAGAUUGAAUGAGACUUCGUUCAAUUUCUUUUUCGAUGGAGGCGUGUUCAAAAAUUGUACGAAUGAUAGUUACUAUCAGUGGGAUGUAAAACCUUACUGCUUUGUACCACAUAAAGAGUCGAUUUUGUAUCACAAUGGAGUGUAUGUGGGAUACUCCGAUUUGGAUGGAAAAAUGGAAACAGAUUAUUUUGAAUGUAUGAGAAAUAAAAUGAAACCAAGUAUUGGGUUGUCGGAGGGAAUGUAUGCGUGCAGUUUGAAUGCGACAGAAAAACUUUUUAUCAGUGUCGUGAUAUUGUUCGUAAUACUUUUUAUGUGA